AUGAUCGUUUCACAUGGUUCACGUGGCACCUGCGGCCCUCACCUUCGCUGCUCCGCCGUCCUGUGCGGCUGCCAGCUCUGUUGCGGCGUUGCGGUGUUUGAGCGCGUGGUGGAGGCACAGGCGCAGCUGCACAACUACAAGAGCCUCGUCGCCUUCGCGCUCUUCACCGCCCUCUACCUCCUCAUGCUCUGCCUUCAGGCGCAGUCCUUCCAGAGCUACCAGGUGGCCACCGCUCACAACGUCCUGCUGCCUCCGGACUAUUCAAAGACUGCAAGCUACUCCUUUGCCAGCAGCACCGCGUUCUACUCGUGGCUCAACGACAGCAUCAUUCAGGCUGUAUGGACGGACCCGCUGUGUGGCGACGGCACAUGCAUGCCCCCCACGGAGGUGCCAGCGGUGGGUCGCUUCGGGUGCGCCCUGGACUGCGGGGUCGCCACCAACGUGACGGCCGUCACAGUGGCGCUGCGCUGGCGCUUUGCCUCGCGCGACGCCAUGGCUGCCUCCUCCUGGAACCUCUGCUCCACCGCCAUCCGCGAUCUCUCCCCGCACGUCAGGUUCGAGGGUCCUCAGCUGUUUACGGAGGUGGCAGGCUGGCAGGCGCUCACGGUGCAGCUGCCAGACAACGACUGGUUCGUCUCACUCACUGCACCUGAGGGCGGGGUGAGCGUGUACGUGUACGAGUCCCAGCCCACCACCACCUCCGAUGGACCACAGUUCCCUUCAGCUUCCCUCGACCCAGCUGCAGCAGCAGCAGCAUCAGCAGCACCACCCUCCUCACCCACUCCUGCGCCUCCCCCCUCUAGUGUCAGCGCCCCCGCCUCCUCGCCCUCUGCAGCGCCAGCCCCCUCGGCGGGCGGGAAGGAGAGGGUGCGGCCGUCCAAUGGCACGGGCGCUAACGUGCUGCUCGCUCUCAUCGAUGGCUGUGUGGCAGAUAGCGAGAGCGGUCUGCAGCGGUGCAGACAGGUAUGA